UCAAAAUGGCGACGGACAAAAUGGAUUGUUAUCAAUCCUGUUCAGGAGCUCAAGUUUUGAGCAACCCCAUCAUCUUAAAAAAUGUGUUAUCGUGCAUUCCAAUGAAAUCUCUUCAGAAAUGCGCUAGAGUAUGCCGACUGUGGGCCCUUGAAGUGGAAAAAAUCAAGAAGACACGGCAUGGCAUGGUCUGGCACUACUUCAAGUGUCCCGAGUCGGAGCAGGGGACAGAUUUGGAUAGCCUUGUCAAGGAAAUGGAGGCCUUUAUCGAGAACCUGUACAUCGAGCCCCAUGUUUCAUUCAUCAUGUGCUCGACAAAUCUACAUGAGGAAAAGAUUGAACAUCAGCGGAGCAGGAAUGCGCGAUCUGCUCGACGUCGUACAGCUAGGAAUAAGACUGAAAACUUAAAUGUUAACAGUUUCUUGGUGAAACUGCUGCCAUCAAAGUGCAAUGUUACUGCAAUUACAGCUGAUGGCAUCGUUGGUACAAGCUCGGACAUGAGAGUCACGGAGGAGAUGGAAGGGAAACGAUGUCUGUCUCUCGUUGUGUUCUCCCAGUUCAACAACAUCAGAAUCCAAUCAAUCUAUUAUGAUCAAGAUGAAGGAAACAAGAUCGCUAACUGCUGGUCAAGUCGAACAGACUUCAAUAACAUUGACAAAAGGGUUUCUGAUGAUGAACAAGUGAAAGGCAUCAUCUUCCUCUCGGAUGAAGCAUUUUGUCCACAAGAAAUUGGCUUUUCUUUGUACAAGAUCUACAAGUGUCCUAUGAUAGCUGGUGGAUUUGUUGACAAUGUUGUGUGUCCGUCGUCUUGGUUUAAUGAUAAUUCGCGUGACUCCCCGUUCCUGUGCUGCAUGGCUUUCUGUGGGAGAGUGCAGGUUGCCUCAGUGGUCCUUAAGGACGACGUAAAGACAACAGAGGGUGUGGACAGAAUCAUCAAGAAACUGAAAGACAGUAAACUCCCUGAGAAGAACAGUAUUGGGUUGAUGUUUGCUUGUGUGGGGCGGGGAGAGAACCACUAUGGGGAGAUCAAUGUGGAGUCAACCGUGUUUCGAAAGUACUUUCCCAACACGCCACUGGUGGGCUUCUUUGGCAAUGGUGAAGUGGGCUUUGAGUAUCCUCAUGUGAAGCCAGCAGAUGUGCAGGACUGUAGUGCAAAGGACGAGGAUGGGAGGAGUAAUCACAAGUUCGUACAGGAGCAGUCUUCGUACAUAGCUUCACACCCUCCCAAGAUGUACCAUGCAUACACAACAAUCAUGUCAUUGUUUUCAUUUCAGUGAUUUCAGCCUUCUGUGAUUUGAAGUGAAUGUGGGGUAGUAAGGCAUAUUAAUUAUCAUACAUGCGAGCAGUUUUGAUGAUAAUUCUAUCCAUAUUAGCUAUGAUUAUCAUUAUCAUACAUAGUGGAUCUGCAGCUGUGUACUGUUGCACAUGCUGAUGUUUUACAAUGUAAAACAAGUGUGAAAUGUGCCUCAAUCUGAUUGGUUGAAACAUGGUUAUUGGUUAACGGGACUUCAAAGCCUUGAACGUGACCAGAUUAAUAAGUGUAAAAAUACCUGUUGUGCCAUACAAAAGAUUUUCUGAAAAUUGUGCCAACAUGGUAACUGACAGGGUGACAUGACCUGCAAAAUGACCAUUACGUCACCAUGUUUCUUUGCAUAGUCAUCCAUUCCUUGAUAUUACUGCAUUUUACAAGGUAACAUUUCUUUUCAUACAAUUUUAAUGUUUUGAAUGGUGCCUAAGGUGAUGCAAUUCGCUGUGCAGAGUUGCAUCCCUUGGGCACACCAGAAACCUAUGAUUGUGGGUUGAAUCCUGGUUCACCCUAUUAGUUUUAGGUUUGUCAGCACCAUACCGAUGCUCGUGGGUUUCACCAAAGUGGUAAACGUCGGAACCCCAUCAAAGACCUAGAUUACUUCAAACUUUCCUCCCACAUGAAGCUGAAACUCUGUCAUAUAACUGAAAUACUCUUAAUAGCGACACUAAACUCAUAUCCUCACUCCAUGCAUUUAUGUCGGCUCCACAUCAUAAUGAGUAACUAAACUUGAAAUUUCGUAAUUCAGUCAUUAUUGAAUUAAAUAAAAAUAAAUAAAUCAAAAUCAAUGAGUGAAAUUAACAUGAUUAAUAUCAAUCAUAUAUAUAUUUCACUUGAGGGAUGACAAGUAUUAAAACUAAUAGUUGCAAGGAACCAGACAAGCAGUUUAAAAUGGAGGCUGGUGAAGGAUUGUGUAUGAGCCAAAAAACCUCUUCUUGCCGUCCCCUUCCACGUUGCUGUAAUUAUGCUAAAUGGUUUUCCUGAUGUAGAACAUCACUAUGACAGUUAUUUAGAAAGUAUGGCUAUUUCUCAUAUUGGUGCUACAGAUGGAUACAUUCUUAUCCAUUGACUGUAACCCAGCAGUCUGCACAAUUAUCAAUUUGUUACUGUGAUUGAUAGAUAUCAAAUAAUCUACCAGACUAUUGCCAAGCAUGCAUGAAUCAACAUAACCACAGUAUUGUGUAGGAGUUACAAUACCAGGGCUGGCUAAAAAGAUCCAUAAUCAGAAUUAUCGUUUAUGGGAAGAGCUAUUAAUGAUUUUCGAUAUGAAAUUGUCAUUGAUAAUAGCUUACAUAAACUAUCAUGAACUAUUGUGAUGAAAUAAAGUUUAGAUUUACUGAAACAGACUUGUUAUUGUCAAAAAUGUCAAUUGUCAAAGACAGAAAGCAACUGUUUUUGUUAUAUCUCAAAUGUUCACAAAAAUAUGUGUCACUGCUCAGAAGUGGCGUGAAAUAUGUUGAUUUCUUUUGUGACUUUCUUGCAUAUUUGCUUAAAGUUACUUCUCAGAUAUUUAUUGAUAAUUGAUCAAUAUUUAGUUAGCGAUUAUCGAUCUCUAUAAUCUAAAUCUAUGGCCCGCCCUAUACCAAUACAAUACAUUUAUUUUGGGCAUGUAUCACAAUCAAUGAUAACCAUGUAUCGUGACACCCCUGCUCUAAUGAUUCCUUAUUUGGUUAUUGUCUAUGCUUAUGAGUCUACUCUUAAUUAUGUUGAUGUAGCUUGCAUGGAAGGAUGCCUCAAAGCAAAAAUGUAUGAUGAUGAUUAUGAUUAUGAUUGAUGAUUGAUGAUGAUGAAAAUAUUUGAAAUCCAUUUUCCUCCAGAUAGCUAUUACUAUAUUGCUUUCUAACAUUGAAUUUCUCUAAGAUGCAGUUCCAGCUCUGAAAUGGCUGAGGAAUCUAAACUUUUACAUGUAUAUUUCUCCUCAUGACGGCAUCAUAUUUUGUUGAAAUCAUAAGCAUUGUCAUGUUAUUUUUUCAUGUUUUCCUCUGUAUUUGUGCAGAUAAAAAUAAUUGAAUAUCAAUACAUAAUCUGUUGACUACAUAUCCAGGUGAGCUACAGUGUUGUGUCACUAUAGUUUUCCCCUGAAAUUUCAUACUUUACCUUUUGCAGGUUAAACUACAUGUACCUCAAAGUCUAAACAUGAUUUUUUGGGUAGAGGUGAGGCGUGUGUUUUUAGCUGCAUGUACUAAUAUAAGGGUAAUGCUAUUUUUCAGGGCAUUAUCAUUGGCAGAAGCCUGAGGUCUUCCAUUAACUGCCCGAGGAAGGACGGCAGUUGUAAAGAUCAAGGGCUUCUGCAAAUGAU